GUUUGUGUGAACAAUGAAACGCAAAUAAUAUCAAACCCAUGGCAUUAAUAAUUAAACAAUCAAUGGAAAAUGGAGAGAGGGAGAUUAUGCAGCGUUGAAUAAUUCCGACACCACAACAUGCAUGCUGCACAUGCCGCUGCAAUCCAGUUAGCUAACGUUAUUUAAGGUUGGACACGACAUGGCCCUUGUAGGGUAAUGUUCGCAUUUUCUCUGUUCACUUCGCUUUCUUUAGUGGUGGUAGGCAGCUGUUCGUUUCAAUUGGUCAACCAACCCUGAACUCGAGGAUGAAUGAUUGUAGGAUCUUCAACCAAACCAGAAAUCCAAAAUCAAAAUGGGUAAUGAAAUGUCAUCUCAUAAAAAGAAAGGACGAAAGGGUAAGGUUCAAAAUGGUGAUCUUAAUGGCCAUGCUGUCAAUGCAUCCUCCGACGACAUGACUGAAACAGUGACCACCACUGAGGUAACUGUUGAGGCCUCUCAGUGCCCUGCCUUGGCUGUCACAACAAAUGCAGAUCCUUCUCCUGUAGUGGAGGCCACAGGUGCUGGCGAGACUGAUGGAGUUCAGGAGCAAUCCCAGGAGCAAUCCGUUGACAAAGCUGCAGCAGAACAAACCGAUGAUGCUGUAUGCGUCAUUGAAGAAUCAAAGUCACCUGGUGAAAAUAAGUCCAACUUUUUCAACAAGCUUUUCAACAAAAAGAGUGACACAAAGCCUGUGGAGGUUGACGUGGAAACCCAUUCAGAAGAAGUUGUCUCAGCUGACCAAGUUGAUGCCGAGGAGGUAACCAACAACCUACAAUCUGAGCCUGUGGACAUAAAGGACAGCACAGAGCUUGAACUGCCAGAGAGAGAAUCUCUCCACUCUAGUCCAGCUGUCACUGAACAGAACCAAUCGGAGGAUAAUCCAGUUAUGAACUUUUUUAAAACACUUGUGACUCCAACCAAAACUCCCAAAGAAGCAGCAGCAAGUUCUGAUGUUUCGAAAGAUCAGUCACAGAAAGAAACUGCAGCAACAACAGCUCCAGCAAAUGUGAGUGUCUGUGCAAAUGUACAGGAAGUGGAGGCAAAAGGAAAGAUGGCCCCACCUCCCCCGCCAGAGCCACUGAAGAUGGAAGGCAAGACUGAGCCAACAGCUGAGAAAGAGGAGUCACAGCCUGCACCUAAGGAGAUAGAGGCAGGCGCCAAACCCAAAUCAGCCAAAGAAAGUGCCUUCAGCAAACUCUUCCGUCCAAAGGUAUUACUAGGCUUGAAGGCCUCUAAGGCAGUGCCCAGGGGAACCAGUGCCUCUGCCAAACCAGCUACAGUGGUAAAUGCAGUUGAGGAGACAGCAGCACCUGUGGAGGUCGAGACUGAUGCUUCCAAGGCGGCCACUCUAGAGGCCUGUGCUAAACUAGAACCUGCCCCAGCAGUCAAACAGGAGGAGGAAAAGGCUGAGAAGAAGCCCUCAACUUUUGCGUCCUUUUUUAAACCUAAAGUAUUGCUAGACCAAGUGACCUCUAAGAUCCAGGUGGUGGCCUCAACAAGCAGAAUUCGUGGUGCUGCUAAGUCAGCUGGACCGGCUGCAGAGCCCACAAAGGACUCUCCUGCUGUGGCUGCCAACCCUGAGCCCCCCCAGGCACCAAAAGCCAAAGAGGAGGCGCGAGCUGCCCCACCCAGUGCUCCGCCUGCCCCACCAGCCCCACCACUGGACAAGUCUGUGGAGAGUGCUGAAAAUCCAUCCCCAACUGUUCCCCGCAGAGAAAAGAGGAACUCCAUCCAGCUGUUCUUCAAGAACCUGGCUCAGAAGCGACAUUCUGAUGCAGGGGUACAAACGGAAGCUGCCGCACCUUCUACAGCUGAGAAGGGCAAAUGAACCUCCAUCUGCCUGUUUGUUUGCUUAAUGAGAACUUUUGCAUUCAUACAUAGAUAUAUUUAUUAUUUACAUUUUGAUCUGAUACCACCUUUAGAAUGAAGGUGUUGGGUUUAUGGUUGGUUCAUAUCCAGAAAAAGGAAUUUAAAUGAAAGUGGCAUAAGGUUUUUUCAUCUUUUCACAAAUCAUGCAAAAUUAUCUUUUUUAAAAAAUGGCCAUCGGAAGUGGAAUGGUAGGGACCCAAGUUGGAAUGAGUUUUAAUGAUUGUUUUAGGUUUGAGAGAUUUGCAGAAAGUAUAUUGUUUUUGUUAGAAUGUUUUCUCUUUAUGAUAUGACGUGGAGAUACUUUAAACAUAUUUACACUUUUAAGUUAUCUUGUAUGCUUCAUUGUUUAACAUGGAUCUAAAUAAUUAACCUGCUGAUGUAAAGACUCACACACAAUAUGCAUUACAAUUUUACUGACAAGAACUGAACAUGUUCUUUGACAUACAUUACUUACUUAUUAGACAUCAGCACCUGAAAAUACAAUCUUACCAACGUCAUUCCUCAGUGCCAUAGUGCAAAUGUGACCUGAUAGCAAAAUGAGUCACAGUGACCCAAAAUUCACAAUUGAGAUUAUGGUAUUACUGGACAGAGGACACCAUGAGCUUUAAAACGAUGUCCUGGUCAAAGUCAUUUUUUGUCAAGAUUUUGUCAGCAUUUUGAAUUACGACCUCCCACCAUCUUUUUCCAAUUGAAAAACUGAGAAAAUCACAUUUGAAGUUACAGGUUACAGGCAGGUACAGUUUGGAUUUGCACUUGAAUAAUAUUUUUGUCUUGUCUUGACUUAGAGAAAUUCAUUUUGAAUGCCUCUUCUUUCAUAUAACACCAAAAAAGAAAAUCAAAAAAUGUCAAUGUUUUUUGAAGUAAUCGGCCUGUUUCUCAAUAAUCGGCCUGUAUCUCUUAGAAUGUGUGACUUGUGACUCAUUUUGUCAGAUCAGGUUAUUAGAACACAUUCUCCUUUAAUGAGCACAUUGCAGCCACUUGAAAACACUGGAUUGCACUUUAUGAUUUAAUUCAUGUUUUGAGGGACUUUUGACAAUAGCCAUUCCAUUUGAGAAGCCUCAAAAACAUUCAAGCAGCUCAUACAUUUUGAAAACACAUGAACACAUGAGUGCACUCAUAGCAAGGGCCUAGGUUUGGUUACAGCUGAGAUAAAUCCCCUUCGUUUUCAGCCAAUGUUGUCCUGGAGAUGUACACUUUAUGAGGACAUGUCGGAAUGAAUAUGACUUCACAACAAAAAUAAUACACGAGUUCACUGAAAUAUUGGUAUGGACAAUUUUGUCAUCCCAUGAUAUCGGUUGACCCUUGCAUCAUGGUGAAAUGUUUGUUUAUUUUUGUUUUUAUUUCUGACGAUUUGCCCAUUUUAGGACUAGCCACUUGGAUGUUGCAUGAUGUGGAUGUUCAUGACACCAAAAAUGCUAAUUUCUUUUCUUUUUUUUUUUCUUUUUCUUUUUGUCACAAAAAAAAGCCUGUAAAAUAAUGAUGUUGUACUCGACCACCGCAUAACUAAAUAAAUGAAUGUCUUGUGUCUCUCA